GAUUACUUUAAUAAGGGCAGGAACUCCUACUGAACAAGAAAAUGCCAAAGUGAUUAGAGAAUCUUAGUGGAAAGAGUGGCAUAAACAAAAAGAAGUGGCCUUCUGAUUGGGCCAACACCCAACCCGGGACAGUAUAUAAGAGCCGCAAAGCCAGAGGAGAUAUUUGCAUCUCAGAAACCUCAUCUUUCUUUCUGAGAACCCUAAGCACACCAGAUCCCCCCGCCAUGGCUUGCUGUGCCCCCUGCUGCUGCAGCGUCCCCACCGGCCCCGCCACCACCAUCUGCUCCUCUGACAAAUGCUGCCGCUGCGGAGUCUGCCUGCCCAGCACCUGCCCACACACCAUCUGGCAGCUGGAGCCCACCUGCUGCGACAACUGUCCCCCACCUUGCCACAUUCCUCAGCCCUGCGUGCCCACCUGCUUCCUGCUCAACUCCUGCCAGCCCACCCCAGGCCUGGAGACCAUCAACCUCACCACCUUCACGCAGCCCUGCUGUGAGCCCUGCCUCCCCAGCUGCUGCUGACCGGUGGCUGCUGCGCUCCACGCCUGACGAUGAUGAACCCAAAAGCUGUCUGUGUAGCGCUCACUCGUCUCGGUAGUUCAUCAGGUGUCAAGGCAGACCAGAUGGCCCAAAUGUGGGAAACCCACCUUUCGUUUUAAUGGAAAAUAAAAAUAAAUUGUUAUGG